AGACGGUGAUAAUCUGUCCAUCCGGGCGUCGAGAACGUCCUUCUCUAUUGUUUCUCACCAGCCCCUCCCUCGUUGCCCUUCUCCAUUUCCCCAUUUCCCCAAUAAUUCCCCUUCAUCGCCGGCGUUGGACGGCCCGUAACGGCGUCGCGGCCCGAUCCUGUCCCAACUCCCUCUCCGGGAGCCCUCUCAUCCCACCAUGGGCAAGAUAGCCUGUGAUUCCUGCCACCGCAGAAAGAUCCGAUGCGAUGCGGCGGUGCCACAAUGCGACUGGUGCAAGCAUCAUAACCUGAAGUGCUCUUACGAGCGCGCCAACAGACCUAAGAAGCAUGCUGCGAAUUCCAAGUCGGAUCCGGAAUUGGCAGCUCGCAUCGGUAGACUAGAAGAUGCCCUUGCCGUAGCCCUAACACAGCUCAAGGAGGCCGAGACAAAACCUGUAGCCGCUCCCUCACACCACACCUCACACUACCCCCCCUUAAGCCACUCUUCCAGCCACUCACCACCCGUCACCUUUGCCAAAAUCCACUUCGCCGGCUUCCUCCUCGGCCAGGUCAGCUCCAGCAGCGGCAUCCCCUCCUUCUCCGCAGACGGCAUCCAGUGGAUCCAGUCCCGCACCGGCGAGCCCCCUGCGUUCCUGGGAUCCGAAGGCGUUGGCGGUGCCCUCCAAGCCUCAUAUCUGCCGGGCCUGCCACCGCUUUCGACAGGCCCCCAGCAGCUGUCGUCGUGGCUGGAGCUCCCUGAUCGAAAGAUCGUCCUGGAGUACCUCCACGUCUACUCGGAACUGGUCUGGGCCCAGUUUCCCGUUCUUGACCCUGUUCUGUUCCGGCAGACUGUGGAACUUGCCUUCGAACCGCAGUCGUCUUCACCGUCGGUAGAGCAAAUAGGAGCCAAAGCAUGCGUCUUCAUCUUUCUAACUGUCAUGUCCUCUAUGCGCGAGGAAACAAGCGAGUUGAUUGCUCAGGUUGACGGUGAUGCCUGUGCUGCAAAGGCUCAAUACUUGUUACCCCAUACCCUGUUAGCAGUGAAUAUAGUCACCCUACAGACUACCUUUUUGCUUGCCAUGUAUCAAGCUUUCUGUGGGCAACUUCCUGCAGCCGUAGUUAACCACUCUCUCGCAUGUCGACUGGCCAUUAUGCUUGGCUCCCACUCUCAGCCUGCACCACGGAUGCCGUCUACUGCGAGUGCGGACCAUCCCGGACGGGCAAAGUGUCACCUACGCGACCUGUUCUGGAUCUGUUUCAUCUUUGACAAGGAACUGGCCCUGCGAACUGGCCAUCCACCUUCGAUGGCGGAUGAACACUGCGAUCUGACACUUCCAGAGGGAUACCUGGAAGCUCAAUAUGUCGAGAUUGAUGAUGAAAAGGCCAUGUUAGGGUACCCGGCGGCAACUGUCCCGUCGUUCCCAGGCGACCUCCGGUUGAGCCUGAUCAAGUCAAAAACGAGCAGACUUCUGUACUCGGCCGAGGCCAUGCGCAAGUCAGAUGCAAGUCUCCUCAGUGACAUCCGCGAACUCGACAACGAACUCGAGCAAUGGCGGGUUUCGCUACCCCCCAAGUUCCGCCCGUCUCUAUCAUUAUGCAGGGAGACCCGCUUAGAAAUUGACGUUAAGCCUCUCCUGAGCACGCGUAUCAUCAUGAGGCAUGUCGACUACCACUAUCUCAUGGUGAUGAUUCAUCUAGCGAGUGGCAGGUGUAGUGCUUGGCCAAACAGCAAGAAGGGUGAGCUUGAGGGCGUCAGCUCUAGUUUGGCUCUGUCUGUGGAGGCGAGUCGAUCAACGCUUUUCUAUCUACGUGCCGCGAAUCACGCACUGUUCGAAGGUGCAUUCUGGCUCAUCCUCUUCCAUCCGAUAUCCGCCAUCACAAAUAUCUUCUGCAACCUUUUACUCAACCCGCUUGACCCAGCCGCCAACGACGACCUCGCCCUCUUGAAAUCAGCGCCGGAGUUAAUCAGACGCAUGCGGGUGCAGCAGCUUCCGCACGAUAUUCUCCACAUCAAGCAGGUGGAUAAUUUUGUGGCCGAACUUGUGCGACUGGGGAAUUUUGCUAUUAGGAAAGCUAUUCACGAGAGGGAUACGAUGGAGGAGGAUUAGAAUUGCCACGUUUGCGAAUGUAACAAUAAUGUAGGGUCCUAAGGAGGUAAUUAUAUAGACUAGAUGGUUGGGAUUUAAAGGGCGCAUGUAUGUAUGGUAUUUGGUUUUCAUACAAUUCUCUCCGUUCAUCCAACUAGCUGUUUCUUCGA